AAAAAUAAAUUAAUAAAUAAAACAUAUAAAUAUUUUUGUUUUAAAUAUAUUAAACCGUUCGAUUAUAUCGCGGGCCUGAUAACAAGCGCUGAACAGGGUUGGCUUUCGGCCGUAGAAAGUUAACAUCAUGUUGGGCACCUUCAGUUCGGUUAAGCAAUACCUCAAGUUCGAUAUAUCGCGCGUGGUUAUCGAUAACAUUGUGUUCAAGCUACACUAUCGCUGGACCUUUGUGCUGCUGCUGGUGGCAACCCUGUUGAUAACCUCACGCCAAUACAUUGGCGAGCAUAUACAGUGCAUAUCCGAUAAUGUAGUCGCGCCCGUUAUAAAUACAUUCUGCUUCUUUACGCCCACAUUCACAGUGGUGCGUCACCUGAACAACACGGCGCUAGACUCCGGCUCCAUUUUCCAGCCGGGCAUCGGACCCUACAAUCGCAAGGAGGAUGUGAUCAAAAGGCACGCCUACUAUCAGUGGGUGCCCUUUGUGCUGUUCGGGCAGGCGCUGUGCUUCUACUUGCCGCACGCGCUCUGGAAGAAACUGGAGGGUGGACGCGUCAAGGCCUUGGUCUAUGGCUUGCGCAUGGUUGGGCUGACCAAGUACCUGAAGAACGAUAGCAUGCGUAUUGGCAAACUGAAUAUACCCUCGAUGGCGGAGGUGGAGGAUCGCGUGAUCAAUAUACGACGCACUAUGAUCGAUCGGAUGCGUCUGAAUCAAUCUUGGGGUGCACAUUUGGUCUUUGCCGAGCUGCUCAAUUUGUUGAAUCUGUGCAUACAAAUCUAUUGGACGAAUCGGUUUCUUGGACGCGAGUUUCUCACGUUGGGCGUGAAGGUGCUACGCGAACGUUGGGUCGAUAAAAUGGAUGCACUCGACGUGGUCUUUCCCAAAGUCACCAAAUGCACGUUCUACAAAUAUGGCUCGGCUGGCUCGCUCCAAGAGCACGAUACGCUCUGUGUCAUGGCACUGAAUAUCAUGAACGAGAAGAUCUACACCAUACUCUGGUUCUGGUAUUCAUUCCUGUUGGUCGUCACCAUUUUGGGUCUGCUCUGGCGCCUCUUCACGCUCAUCUUCUACCAGAACGUUACGUUCACCAAAUGUGCUCUGUACUGGGCCAAGCCCGGCAAAAUGGAUGAAUCGGAUCUGAAGUCUAUCAUAGAGAAAUGCAAUUUCUCGAAUUGGAUGUUCCUGUUCUUUUUGCGCACCAAUCUGUCCGAGUUCCUCUUCCAGAAGGUCAUCUAUCAUUUGGCCAGCGAGUUUCCCAACGAUCCGAUACACGAUAACGAUAUCAAUGACUAUCGAGCACGGGAACGUGAGUUGCCCAGCGGCAGUGCCCAGCAGAAGUAUCCGCUUCUCGGUGGACUGGAUACGGUUGAUGCUCCGCUGUUGCAUCAUCGCGGGGCGGGGCCCGUUUUGGCAACGCCAAAAUCGCCCACAGAUGGCGCCACAUUGCCCAUUUGACGGCUGCUAUUUAUGUACCUUAAUUAAAGCUAUGUUAUUAAUUGU